AUGGCAGGAGGAAAAAAGUUCAAGCCAAAAGAACCAUAUACUCAUCGCUUAAAAAAGAUUCUCGAAGAAUAUCCUGACAGCUCACAAGUUCUCCGUGAAAUCUUACAGAAUUCGGAUGACGCACAAAGUACAGAACAAGUAUUUAUACUUGACCAUAAUACUUAUCGUAUUGAGAGUCUUCUUAUGCCUGGACUUAAUAGAUUCCAAGGACCUGCAUUAUUGUCGAAAAAUAACACCAAAUUUAAUGAUGAUGAUUUUACAUCAUUGGAGAAUUUAGCUGACAGCGAAAAACAAGGCCAAUAUGAUAAAAUUGGAGAAAUGGGUGUCGGUUUUAAUUCUAUUUACCAUUUAUGUGACAGUUGUUCAUUCAUCACUAAUGAUAAUUUUGUAAUUCUUGACCCUCAUGAGUGGUGCUAUGAGGGAGGACAUGUAUAUGACAAUUUUAUUGAAGAUAACUUAUCUCAAGAAUAUCCAGAUCAAUUUUAUCCUUUCAAAAAUCUUGGAAAACUUAGUAUUCCUUGUGAUGGUUCAUUUCAAGGCACAAUAUUUCGAUAUCCUUUGCGUACUAAAAAAGGUUCUAAAGAAUCAAAAAUCUCAAAAACAACAUAUCAACCAGAUCAAGUUUUAGAAAUGUUUAAAACAUUUUUCGAAAAGGAUAGCGUUAAUUGUUUACUUUUUCUUAGAUACAUUGAAUAUAUUGAAUUUUACGAAUUGAAGAUAGGAGAAACUGAGCCCGAGUUAAUUUACAGGAUUUCACUGAAAGAUGCAAGAAAAAUACGCAAAGAGCGUCAAAUGAUCGUUAAGAAAAUCGCUCCAAUGAUGAAGGAUCUUAAAGAAAAUAAACUUGAACAACAAAGAACAACAUUAUACACAUCAUACCGUGUAUCUCUUGUUCAAUGUGAAAGAGGGGUUGUUGUAGAAGAUUCCUCAUGGUUCAUUGUGAAUAUGCUUGGUGAUUUACAUGACGCAAAUCGCAAAUUUCCAGAUGACUUUGGAGAAAGACUCGGUACUGUACCAAUUGUAGGGUUAGCCACAAAAUUAAAUUUAGGUCAAAAUGGAGAUAAACUUCAUGGAGGAUUAUUCUGCUUUUUCCCUCUCCAUAUUGAUACUCCUUUUCGAGUUUCCAUAAAUGGACAUUUUGCGGUUACCAAUAACAGACGUAAUUUAUGGUCUGGAAUAGAUAAAGAUUUGUUUCUUAAACAAAAUAAAGACAAAUGGGAAGAUAAGCUGACAAGACAAGAAACCUUUGAAUUGUUCAAUUAUUUACUGAAUGAUGAAAAUGAUGAGAUAUUAGAAGGUUUGAAAAUGAUUCCAUUGGCCAACGGAACAUUUAAAACAAUAUCAAUAUAUCAACGCGGCACAAUCACGUAUAUAUGUCCAGACAGCCUUACGGGUGAUGAUGAAAAUGAUCCGCGCGAAAUUUUUAAAGAUCAAUUAGACAAGUUGAUCGCUAAAGACAUCCCAUGUAGUUUACUAAGUCGUUUGUGCGAUAAAGUAACAACAGAAAGAUGGAAUUUUAAUAUCGAGAUGUUAACUGCACCAAUCAUUGCUAAUAUGGCUAAAAAUUAUCUAAAUCAUCCCAAUUCUAAUAAGGAUGAAAUUGAUAUGGAAACCCGGUUUGAAUGGAUUAAUCAACUUUGGAAUUAUUUAUGUAACAAGUUUAAUGAAAAGGAUCUGAUUUCAUUUGAAGACAUUCAUCUUAUACCAACAAAACAAAAUACUCUCAGAAAACUUAAGACGGAAUCAGUUUUAUCAUCAUUAAAUACCGAUGAAGCGUAUAAUUUAGACCCGCCUGAAGCAGAACUUUUCAUAAAAUAUUUAUCUCAUUACUUAUAUAUUACUCCACCACUUACAAAGGAUCACAUUGAAAUUAUCAAACGUUUACCAAUUUUUAAAGAAGUUGACAAAGAUGAGAUUAUUAGUCUAAGGUUCAAUGAGCAAGUAUCUGUGUUCCUUUUACCGAGAACAGAUGAAAAAGAAUAUGGUCAAAUAAUUGCACCGAAGAAAUUUAGAUUUCUUGAUGCAACAUCAACAGAUACAUGUUAUUUACUGGAGAAAAUUAUCAAAAUUCAGCGUUUGUCGCAAGCUCAAUAUUGGUUAUAUUGUGUGAUACCGUACUUGAAAGACUUAAGUGCGGAUAUUGUGGUUGAAAAGCUUUUUGAACGACUGCCAACCCUUUUUAGGCUAGACAGUUCACUAAAUGGCAAAUUGAGCAAACUUUCUAUUGUGCCUUGCGGGACAAUCCGGAUGGUUCAGGGAGAAGAAAAUCUUGACACAAUUAAGUGUAAGCCCAUUGAUCUCUAUGAUCCCUUGAACCCUAAAAUUGCUCAAUUAUUUUUCGAUGAUGAAAAAGUUUUCCCAGUAGAAAAGUUCUCGAAUCCAGAUGAUCUAUAUUAUCACCUUUUGAAAAGGUUAGGAAUUAAAACUUCGCUUUCAUCAAUAGAUAUAAUCAAGCGAAUUGAAACAUAUGUCAAACGUCAGAAAAUGGGAAAUAAUAUCAAUGAAGUGUAUAAUAAAUCACUUAACCUGCUUAUUUAUAUCGAUGAAAAUUGGAUUUCAUUAAGUGACAAAAAUAAAGAAUUUUUAUCAAUGAUUGCUUCAAAAUGGAUUCCGACUAUUAAUAAAUGUGGUAAUAAGUCAUUUUCUUGUUCGUCCGAAUGUCGUGACAAAAAAGAUGAGUACUUAGUAUCAUUAGCCCUCCCAAUUCUCGAUUAUAAAAUCACGAGUGCUCUAUUUCGCGAACAUUUGGAAUGGAAAAGAUAUCCUUGUGUAAAAACCGUUCUUUCGCAAAUGAAAUUAUGCUCCACAAUGCCUAAGGACAAUUUAAAUAUUAAAAAUCAACCAAGAAUUUGCGAAGCAAUUUACAAAUAUAUUGAUGAGGCUCUGUCAGCCAGCGAUGAACAGUCUAAGCAAGAGGUGAAAGAAUUAAGGGAAGGGUUAAAAAAUAUAAAGUGGAUCUUUUGUGAAGGUGAUUUCUAUGCAACCAAGAAUGUUGUUUUUGAUCUUUCGACGAAUUUUGGAAAAGAGCUACCAAUUGUUCAACUGCCUUCUGAUUAUCGAAAUAACUUUAGUAAAGUGUUUAAAUCUAUGGGUGUCCGAGAAAAAGUUGAUAUCUCCGAUUUCAUUGAUAUAAUCGGAGAAAUUGCUCGUGAAGCAGAUAAUAAACCACUAACUGAUAAAAUUUUAUCCAAAACUAUUAAAAUUCUUGAUCAAAUUGGAAAGGAAUGCAAUAAGUUUAAAAAGGAGGGAAACCCUAAUGAUUGGAAAAAUUUGUUUAUUCCAAGCACUGAUGCCAUUCUUGUCAGCUUCGAAGAAAUCAAAUUUGAUGACAGGGUUGGGAUAAGUAAUGAAGAAAAGGAAAAUUGCAAACUUUCUCAUUCUAAAAUAUCAAUUGCACUUGCUAAGGAACUUGGAAUUCAAAUGCUUUCUGAAAUGUUCACCAAAGGCAGUGAGAUUGAUUUCGAAGAUUAUGAACAAUCGGAACCUUUAACUACUAGGAUAAAAUCGAUUAUUACACGUAGAUUUUCUAUUUAUAUUGAUGAAAGACCAUUUCAUGAGAAUGAUCAUUCCUCACUCUUGUCUGAAGAAAUGUAUAAUUGGCAAGGACCAGCUGUUUGGAUUUAUAAUGAUGCGACAUUUGAUGAUAAAGAUUUUUCUGCAUUAAUUAAACUUGGUGUCGGGAGCAAAUCCAGCGAUGAGAGCAAAAUAGGUCGCUUUGGCAUCGGAAUUACCACUUCUUACCAUUUAACUGAUGUUUUAUCUUUUGUGAGUGGAGAACAAAUUGCCUUUCUUGAUCCUCACGCGAAGUUUCUUCCGAUACGUGGAAAUUCUCCCAAACGACCUCGAGGAAUUAAACCAUAUCUUGCUAUAGAAGAUUGUAAUUUUAACAAAUCAUUUAAUGGAACCUUGUUCAGACUGCCGCUUAGAAGUAUUGAGUUAUCAAAAAAAAGCUUAAUCUCACGAAAUUCAGUUAAUCCUAAGGAUAUUUUAGAAUACCUUCGUAAAAUAAAAGGUAUCGAUGAGAUUCUUUUUUUAAGAAACAUCGGAAUAUAUAGCAUAUAUCAUAUAGAUAAAGAUAAACACGUACCACAAUUAAUCUGGGAAACAAAAAUCCAAAAUUUAAAAGAUAUCGAAAAUAUUCGCAGCAAAGCACAUGGUGGUGUCGCAGCUAUUCUUGCACGGUCAGAUAAUGAAUCUUUAAAUAAUCCUUUAGAUUUAACAGACCCGCCUGAUCUUGAUGGAAAAGAAUAUGCAUAUGUUUCAUGCAAUGGUUCUACAAAUUUAGGAGUGCACAUAAAUGGCAAUUUUUCUUUGACGAGAGAUAGAAUAGUUAUUUUACAACCAAAUGAUAAUAUCAAUGGAAAGUGGAAUAAAUACAUUUUACUCGAAGUCCUACCAUCAUUGCAUGUUAAAUUAUUGGAAAAAAUUGCUGAAAUAGACUAUGAACAUUUCAAAAAAUCUAACAUCA